ACCCCAGUAUUUCCGGUGUCAUUCUUAUCAGCCUGAUCGCCGUGCGUUUGUCAGUGAGUCGCAUAGAAGUGACGCAGCUGAAGCGGCGGUAGUGCAGCUCGACAUGGCGGCGCUGCUGAGAGCUCUGCGUGUUGGAAGGGCACUACGGGUGCUUGGAGGCGUGGUGGCUACACCUCCAGCAACACACCUCGAGUGCAGCAGCCUGAGACGAGGGUUCCAGAGCUCAUUGCUGAGGCUUCAGGAUGAAUCCAAAUCUGACAGACCUCCAGCCCCCUCUUCCACAACCUACCAUGAACACUACCAGGCUCACUCAUCUGAACAGGACACAACAGCAGCUUCACAGGGAGGUUCUGCAGCUGAGCCAGAUGCAGAGGAAGCUUCAAGGCCAAAUACCAGUUACCAGGACCAGAGCGGAGAGCAGGGUGAAGAGUAUGAAACAGAGGAUCAGCUUCAAGCUCGAAUCCUGACCGCCUCUCUGGAGUUCGUCCCGCUGCACGGCUGGUCAAAGGAAGCCAUUGCAUCUGGUGCUGAGACACUUGGCCUGUCCUCAGCCUCCACUGGAAUGUUCCACAACGGAUCUGGAGACUUGGUUCUACAUUUCAUCGCCCAAUGCAACUCACAGCUGACAGAGAUCCUGGCCGAGCAGCACAAGCAGGUCACGCUUGGCCAUGCCGAACCAAAGAAGACUGCUGACUUUCUAAGAGAUGCUGUGGAGACCAGACUAAGGAUGCACAUCCCUUACAUUGAAACAUGGCCACAGGCGAUGAGUAUCCUGCUCCUUCCUCACAACAUCCCAGACAGUUUGAAGCACCUCUCCACCCUGGUAGACGACAUCUGGUACUAUGCUGGAGACCGAUCCACAGACGUGAGUGGAUCCUAUCAGCCUCGAUACCCUCCUUCCUCCGCUCAUACCUUCCUGUCCCCUUUUCAUCACCAUCCCCACAAUAUCCGGCCUGCCACUCUCCAGAUGAACUGGUACACCAAACGGGCAGCACUGACAGGCAUCUACAACACCACAGAGCUAGUUAUGGUCCAGGAUUCCUCUCCAGACUUCCAGGACACCUGGAACUUCCUUGACAAUCGCAUUCAGGAUGUAGUCAACAUGGCCAGCACGGCCAAACAGGUGCAGUCGACUGGUGAAGCAGUUGUGCAGGGGCUAAUGGGAGCUGCUGUAACUCUGAAGAACCUGACAGGAAUGAACCAGAGGCGGUGAUGUGAAAACAUCUACCACUGAUCCUGACAGAGUGUCCAGGUUGUGUCAUGAGCUGCAGAUCAAUUCAUCUUCUUUUUGCCUUUAUUUCUGUUUGCCUGUAUGAAACGACUGUGAGGGUUUUGGAUUAGGACUCCUGAGUAAGAUGAAGCUCUCAUUUGACACAGGCCAUACAUCUCUCCCUCUGUUCACCUGCAGGACCAGUGGAUUGGUCCAGGUUUCUUUCACUGCCCAACAUGUUGUUAAACUGCUCAGAUCUUUUUUUCUGUUUGUAUAAAAAGACACGGAUCUGUCAUGUGGCUAUUGGAUCAAUUGAGACUUCAAUAAAGUAGUUUAUUAUUGUA